UGAGCCUCCACUGGCAUCCAAAGCCAUCUUUGCAUUGUUCCUGCCCCGGGUUGUCGGGCUUGCGCUGGUCGUCGCGGGGCUUCGCUCUUCACCAUCACCACCACCACCACCACCAGCAAAGUCUUCCUCCUCCUUCCUCUUCCUCUACCGUCGCGGUCUUCUCCUCCUCCUCCUCCUCCUCUUUUGAUUUUUGCAAGCCACGCCGCGUACGCGCCCUCGGAUCUCUCCCGUCUUCCCGGCGCUUCUUCCUUUUGUACAGUCGCGGGCUUUUUUCCGCUGCACCACCACCGCAACUCCCCUCCUUCCCCCCGGCCAGCCAUGUCAGACACAGCCGUGGAUACCAGCUCCGAGAUCUCCACCAAGGAUUUGAAAGAAAAGAAGGAAGUUGUGGAAGAAACAGAAAAUGGCAGGGAUGCCCCCGCCAAUGGCAAUGCCGCGAAUGAGGAAAACGGCGAGCAGGAGGCGGACAACGAGGUAGACGACGAAGAGGAAGAGGUUGGCGACGAAGAAGAGGAUGAGGAAGAAGGUGACGCACGAAAGAAAACAUCUAAAUGGGAUUGUGCGCCUUUUGCAAAAGAACUGGAAUUCACAGAAGCCUCCAGGUGUAACCUCUUGGGGAGAGAGGAAUUAAAAAGCGAAGAAGAAGAUGGUGAUGAAGAUGACGAGACUGAAGGUCCGACCGGCAAACGGGCAGCUGAGGACGAUGAGGACGACGACGUCGAUCCGAAGAAGCAGAAAACCGACGAAGACGACUAGGGAGUUAGAAUAAUAAAAAAAAGAAACAACUUUUUUUUUAAACUUUUAAAAAAAAAAAACGAGGAAAGAAUUUUUUUUUUAAAAAAAAAAGGCCAGCGUGACCUACUUUUCACCUUUGAAAAACUUCCUGUUACAAAAAAAAGAGAAAGAAAGAAAUAACGUCCCCUUGUUGCUAAUGGUCACCGUCAUAAAGUAGAGCAAACAAGCAAAAAAACAAAACAAGUAAAAGCCGUACGACGUAGAGCUGCCAUUUUUUCCCCCCCAACUUGUAAAAAAAAAAAAAAACCCAAAAAAUCUCCCUCCUUCCCUUCCCCCCCAUCGGGGGUGGGGGUGGGGAGACCGGGUGAUCCAGUCUCUGCCCCUCCCCCUCUUCCCCUCCCCCCACCGGAAACUUCAAGGCUCAGCUUGCUUUCUUAAAAGUAACUUUAAAAAAAGGAGGAUUUGUUUGUAUUUUUUAUUUACAUUUUAUAUUUUUGUACAUAUUGUGAUGAGGUCAGCCAUUUUUAACGCGAUCUCCGAUUGACCAAAAGGGGGGGGGGUGAGGGGCUUUUGAAGUGUGCUUUUCUUUUCUUUUCUUUUUCUUUUCCUUUGUUCCUAUAAACGAAUCAAAAAAAAAAAUUUAAUAAUCUCGACUUUACUUGUGGUGUGACCGUUGUCCAAAAAAAAAAAAAAAAACCUCAAAAAGAGAAGAAAACAAAAGACCUUGUAAAAAAUAAUAAUAAUGAUUUCAAAAAAUGCAAAAAAAAGGUCCAAGGUUUAUAAUGAGCAUUCCAGUAACUUUUUUUUUUUUUUUUUUUUGUGUAUGUACUUUUACCUGUACCAUAAAGUAGUGGGUUUGUAUGAGAUGGCAAGGCCAAAGAUUAAAAAGGGUUUUUUUUUCCUUUUUUUUUUUUCCUUUUCCUUUUUUUUUAUUUUUGUCUAAGGAGUUGCUGUUAAUUUUUUUUUUAAUUUUAAUUUUUUUUUUUUUUUUUGGCCUGUUUAAUGUAUGUGUGAAAACAAUAUUGUCCAACAAUAAACCCGAAUUUUAUUUUGCUGAGUUGUUCUAACAAAGCUGGUUGCACAA